CACCCUUUUCCAGAAUAUUUCUGUUGCACAGCACACAAGAUGCUAACCAAAGAACAAGUGCAGAAGUUUGAGGAGGAUGGCUUCCUGUUGGUGGAGGAUUUCCUGGCAGCAGAAGAGGCCGACACCCUGAGGCGGGCCUGCCACAAACUGGUUGACGACAUGAUUCCCGAGGAACACAACACUGUCUUCACCACGCUGGAGAUGAAGAGGACAAGCGAUGACUAUUUCCUGAACAGUGGCGACAAAAUCAGGUUUUUCUUUGAGGAUGGAGCAAGAGAUGAUAAAGGGCAACUCAAAGUGGACAAGCAAAUAUCACUGAAUAAAAUUGGCCACGCUCUUCACGUUCUCAACCCUGCCUUCAGAAAGGUAACAUUCAGUGAAGGCAUGAAGUCCAUUGCCCGCGACAUAGGACUAGUGGACCCUGUUGUGUGCCAGAGUAUGUACAUCUUUAAGCAACCUGGGAUUGGAGGAGAAGUGGUGCCUCACCAGGACCAGACGUUUCUGUAUACUGACCCUAUGCGACUGUUCGGUAUCUGGAUAGCACUAGAAGAUGCCACCACAGAAAAUGGCUGCCUCUGGUUCCAGCCAGGCUCACAGAAACCUGGGCUAUAUGGCAACAGAAAAAUGAUCCGUAACCCAAAGAUGGGCGAGGAGGGAGAACCCACCACUGUUUUUACCUGUGAUGCUCCUAAGUAUGACUACUGUGAUUACAUACCUGUACCUGUCAAAAAAGGAGGCUUGGUGAUUAUCAAUGGCGAGGUGGUACACAAGAGUGAGCACAACAGGUCAGCAAAGUCCCGACACAUCUACACCUUCCACAUGUACGACCAGAGCAACACAGAGUACAGUAAAGACAACUGGUUACAGCCAUCCAAGGAAGUGCCUUUCACCCCCCUCUACAGCACGACACCCGAGUAACCCUGUCCGACACGGAGUAACCCAACUUACGUACAAUAUUUAAACAGGAAUAUUAAAUAACAAAGAAGAACAAAUAUGUAUAAAUUACACAAGGGUUGUAACAUUUACCAAUAUUUUCAGGAGUAAAAAAUUAGUGAAGCUAACACAUAUCUGAUAUCCAACAAAAAGGCAGUUAGGGGAUAACCCUAAUGUACUCCUAUAACAUAAGAGGCCGCUGGUCGUUUUUUGUGUCGCCUGCGAAAAGCUGGUGACACAUAGGUAUUGCGG